ACAAAAUGCAGCUCGAUGUCGGCUGAUGACCAGCAUCCUCAAGCAACUGUGAGGCUGAUUGGCUUCCUCAGCCUCUCCCGCUCCAUCAAUACGCCUGACUGCGUGAGUCAGUCCGUCCUCACACCGCUGUUCAGAGGAGACAGAGACAUGCCGGGGCUUCUGCUGGGAGACGUUUUUCCCGACUUCGAAGCGAACACAUCGACCGGGAAGAUAAAGUUUCACGAAUUUCUGGGUAACUCAUGGGGCAUCUUGUUCUCUCACCCACGCGACUUCACCCCAGUGUGCACGACCGAGCUUGCUUCUGCCGCUAGGCUCAGCAAUGAGUUUAAGAAGCGGGAUGUGAAGAUGAUCGCUCUGUCCAUAGACAGCGUGGAAGACCACUGCAGUUGGAGCAAGGAUGUGAUGGCACUUCAUCCAGAGCAGGCAGCCUCUCCCCUGCCGUUCCCCAUCAUAGCGGAUGACAAGCGAGAGCUGUCGGUCCUCCUGGGUAUGCUGGACCCUGAUGAGCUUGACAAAGACGGCAUGCCUCUUACUGCCCGAUGUGUGUUUGUUAUUGGUCCUGAUAAAAAGUUGAAGCUGUCCAUCCUCUACCCUGCCACUACGGGGCGCAAUUUUGCCGAGAUUCUUCGGGUCAUUGAUUCUCUGCAGCUGACGGCAAAGAAGAAGGUGGCCACGCCUGUGGACUGGAAGCCUGGAGAUGAUGUCAUGGUCAUCCCUUCUCUCUCAGAUGAAGAAGCCAAGAAGCUUUUUCCUGCUGGUUUCAACACCAAAGAGUUGCCUUCUGGGAAAAAUUACCUGCGCUACACCCCACACCCGUAAACCACCAGUAGGGUUUUGAAAGAGAAUAGCAGAAAUGGCACUUCCUUUCCACAUUUGGCCUUUUUGAGACCUAAUUCUAUCAAAUAUAAAUGUAUACCUGUAGCUGAGAGUACUUUCUUUUCUGCCUAAUAAACUCAGGCUUUAUGUAGUCAAUUAAACUGAAUCAAUCUGCAGGCAUAAUAUUUAGUAUGAGUGACACCAGAGCCUAAUGUAUAGUGCCUUAUCUUCAAUGAAAACAGUUCCUUUUGACAUUUACUCUAGUUGUGUGGUGUUUUAUUUUUUAAAAUUUUUUUGUGGGAUACUCUGCAGGGGGGAAAUGUGGGAAAUGAUGGGUGAAUACUGAGAGAAUAAAUGAACUGACAUGACUUACUUUUAUACCACUGGCUACGUGAGAGAGAAAAAAAGAGACAACAGCACACGUGCGUUAUGCAACAUUAGUGCUUUUACUGUAAUGCCAGUGGCCAGAUAGAACCAAGGUUCAAUCUGUUCUCCGUUUCCGCAUCAGCCUACUGGCUUUCUGCAAAUUCAUUGGAUGCCUAAGUAUGCCUGUAGCCCUGUUCAAGUUCUCUUAAAAACUGGUUUGGAUGUCAUACGUGUUUUUUUUUUGUUUUUUUUUUUUCUUCUUUUUUUUUUUUCGGAUCAUUAUGUGCUGAUUUGGUUAGAUAUUUUCAUAAAGUAAAACAUUUCAUGUUAUUUGCUACAUGUACUUUGAGUUUCAUCUCCCAGAGUAGGAAUCCUUGUGUUCUAAACAUGGACAUUGCACUUCAUUCAGAACAAGUAAAAUGUUCUUGCCUUGUUUGCACUAAAGGCUGACAAUGAGAGAUUAAAAACUAAACUUUGGUUAAUGUAGAAUGUAUUAAGGAUCAAAGCCUUUUUCCUGUGAUGUUAUCAGCCAGUAGGUGGCAGUAUAAUAUCAGUAAAGUUUAAGAACCACUGCACUUUUUAUGAAGUGUAAACAGCGCUGUAUGGUGUAAUGAUCAACUUAAGUAAAGACUUUGCCACCAGCUCAAACUGUCAAACUA